GCGUAAUGACGUGGAUGGGUCUCUUCUCGCGCCUUAUGGGCCUCCCGCCUUUUUUCCCCAGGUGCCGCUCGGGUCACCGUCGGACGGCGGACCGCGCGGCCAUUAGUUGAAGGGGACGCCCGGCUCGGUGACGCCACUUCCGGCGCCGCUGAAAGCGCGCGUGGAUUGUGGGCGCUGCUAGGGGCUUAUUAUCCGCGGGGCUAAUUUAGCACCCCCGUGACUCAGCUCUGACCGCGGCGGCUUCUCCUCCCUCGGUCCCAGCUCCCACUCGCCUCCUUCCCUGGCUGCUCGCGUUACAUUGGGUGCCCGGGCCCGGCUGCUGCCCUUCUGGAAUCCAGUGCCUGGACGGAGUUGGGCUCAGUAAAUUGGAGAUUGGAAACUCUUGGGUUCCCAGAAGUCUUGUCAGAUGCAUGAGGCAGGUCACCUCUUGUCAGGUGCGGGAAUCUCAAGAUAUUCUGGAGACCUGGAGAAGAGAGGAAUUUACCCAAAUCUAUAGAUAUCACAGGCAGAAUCUGAAGGCAAGCCAUUAGCAUGGCUUUCCUAGCCUUGAGGGGCCUUUUAAAAGUUCGAUCUGGGAUUCCUAAUGAAGAGUUCCAGUGCAGCCAGUUUAAGAGAGCCUAUAUGAGCAAUUACACUUAUGCAAAUAAUCAGGCCAAGUUUAUGGAAACCAGACUUAUUUUGAACAAAUUAGUCUUAACACAUUAUUAUUUUUUUAUAAGAUACUUAAAUAUAUAUAUAUAUUUAUUUAUUUGGCUCUGUGCUUGGUCUUAGUUGCGGCACGCAGGAUCUUUGUUGCUGCAUGUGCGAUCUUUAGUUGAGGCACGUGGGAUCUUUUAGUUGCAGCAUGCGAGAUCUUUUUAGUUGCAGCAUGUGGACUCUUAGUUGCAGCAUGCGGAUCUAGUUCCCUGACACAUAUAUACUAGUGUCCUGGAAAGUGAUAGUUCUUCAGAAUAUAGUUCUGAUUCAGACGAUGUGAAUGUUAGACCAACAAAAAGACAAAAAACCUUAGUGAUUGAUUCUGAUACAGAAAGUGAAAAUGAAACUCACAGUGGUGGAGAAUGCUCCUUUGCUUCUACAGAAGAGUGGAUUGAAGACAGCAUUUGACAGAAAUUAGAAGACUUUACAGAAAAGGAAUGUGUUCUUUCUUCUUUUUUAUUCUUCAUAACGGACCAAAUAUUGCCUACUUGCCAUAGACAUCUGCUGUCAAUGCGUGCUGUAAUUUGACAUUCUGAAUCACAGACAUGACGGCAUUGAAAACGUAUUUAUACUUGUAGAAAGAAACCAGACAUCCCUUCAAAGUUUCUACACUACUUCUUAAACUGGACCUUUGUCUGCUGUUUAGGCCGGCAGGGUUACUUGAAUCUUCAGUCCAGGUAACGAGAAUAAUUCUGUGGUUGUAUUUUUCUGUAAUUAACUGAAAGAAUGAUUAGGUCAUAUUCUAGUAUGUUCUGAAAUAUUUACUGAUCUUACAAAUUGUAAUUUCUAAGAUGAUUUGCUCUAAGAUGAUUCUCCUCAUAGCGUAGAGUUUUAGUUUACUUUUUUUGCACAUAUGUUUGAAACCGACUGCUGUAGGAAAUGAACAGUACAUUCAAAAUAUUUGCUUUACUUUUUUCUGCCAAUGGACUUAUUUGAAAUUUUCACUGUAGUCAGAGAGUUUCUGUGCAAACAUAAAAGUAGCAAUUAUUUUAUUUUAAAUAGAUUUUUCAGAUUAUUGGUUAACAUUAUUUGAAAGCAAGUUUAUGGGUAAUAAAAGUUAGUCAGAACUCAAUACAUAUGGUGUAGUUACCACCCAGUUUAAUAUGUGGCAAAAAUGUACACCUGAUAUUUCUGAACUGUUAAUUUUUCUGCUGUAUUCCAACUGACCAGAACACCGUUAGGAAUGCAUCUUUAUAAAUGGGUGCUACUUGAUGAUGGAAAUGAUUUCGUAUGGACAGUAUAGGAUGUUAAUAAUGAAGCCAUAUGUUUAUGUCUGGAUUUACAGUUUUAAACAAUCAUUUACUAAGUCAUUUUGCUUUUAUCUUGAAGAAUAUAAACUGUUGUUUCACUUACAUAAAUCAGCAAGAUCUAAUUUAUGGCAAGAAAUAUUCCGUUGAAAUGUUGUGCUGUAACGUGGGAAAAUGUAAUCUUUUUCACGGUUUCUAUCAAAGUGAAAUAAAAUUUAAUUCUGAAAAAAAAAAAAAGUCACACUGGGAAGAACAUUGGUCGACUGAUCUCUUACUUGAAACACCUAUCUUUCCAAAGAUUAUGACGAGAAGAAGGUUUGAACAAAUAAUGACAUUUCUUCACUUUAACGAUAACUCAGAAAUUCCACUUCCUGCAGACAGAAUUUCAAAAGUUAAACCUCUUUUGGAUUAUUUUCUGCCAAAAUUUCAAUUGAUCUAUAUACCCAAACAAGAGCUAUCACUUGAUGAGGCAAUGAUAAGGUGGAGAGGACAACUCAGAUUCAAAACCUGUAAUCCUGGAGAACUUACAAAAUAUGGAAUUUUGGUCAGGAUGGUUAGCAAAAGUGAAACUGUAUGUAUAUGCAGCCUUGAGAUUUACAUGGGUAAAGGAAAGAAACUGCAAGAAACAAUAUUGUUGGUCCUACAACCUUAUCUUGGUUCAUGGCACCAUAUUUACCAAGACAGUUAUUACAACAGUGUGUUUACAUCUGAAAUAAGAGAGAAUCAUGGUCUACUAAACCAAUUAAAGGAGAAAUCUAAAAAUCUACAGAGGGGAGAAAUGACAUUCUUAUGGAAGGGAGAAGUGAUUCUUCUUAUAUGGAAAGACAAGAGGCUAGUCCGCAUGGUGACAACUAUUCAAGACACCUCCAUAGCAUCUACAGGAAAGGAAUGCAGGAGGACUGGCCAUCAGAUAACUAAGCCCACUUGUAUAUAAGAGUAUAAUAAAUAUAUGAAAGGAGUUGAUCGAUUCAAUCAGUAUCUGGCAAACUUCAGUAUCCUCCGGAAAACUUGAAAAUGGUUUAAGAAAGUGGGUUUCUAUUUGAGUAAUUGCAGUUUAUUCAAUGUGUUUAAAAUUUAUUAUAGCCUUAUUGCACAGAAUAAAAUGACUUACAAGCAGUUUUUGUUAGCAGUAGUUAGAGAAUGGGUAACUGACCAUUCUGGUGAAUGUAGUGGUAGUCCCGCACCUGGUCCUUCAAGCCCCCUGCACAGAUCCACCUUGUCGACUGUCAGGUAAAAUAAAAGAACAUAUUCUAGAGGAAAUAAUACCCACAGGACUAAAAAAAAAAAAAUGCUGCCGGGAAGUGUAGAGUCUGCUCUUCCAGGGGAAAGCGCAAUGAAACAUGGUAUAUUUGUAAUAGAUGUUCUGUUCCCUUGCACAGAGGUGCCUGCUAUACUGCCUGUCACACUCUAAUGAAAUAUUAGAAUGCUUUAGUAAGACAUAUACAAAGUUUCAAAUAAAUACAUUAAGUGCAAAAAAAGUUGCUGAUAUUUACUCAGAUGCGGGUGUUUCAAUAUUCACCUACAUAACAAAUUGCCAGCCAUGGGCAUUAGUUUCUGCAAAAAUCCCCUGGUCAGUAAUGUGUUUAUUUGGCUAGAUUUAGUAGAAAUGAGGGUAAUUUAGAGAGAAAAAUUAUGUUUCAAUAGUAUACCUUUGGAUAUUGAAGUUUUGUUUUUACUGAGGUUUUGUAUUUAUUCUCUACGUCCAAGAUGGCUCCUUGUUACUAUGUUACAUUAUUGUAAAGUUUAAUUGAAUUAUUAAAAUAAUAUUCUAAGCUUGUUUCUAAAGCCAGUCACAGUGAUCUAUCUUUGGAUGAAGAUCAAAUGCCCUGUGACUUGCAACUAGGAGAUUAUGCACCCUGGAAAAGACAUCAUUUAAAGGACUGUCUCCAAAUUAGACAAAAGGACCCUUAUCAGGUACUCUUUAGCUAGCGUAUGUGCAGCAAAAUUGAAAUUGACUCUUCUAUUUAUUUAUUUAUUUGGCUGCACUGGGUCUUGGUUGUGGCAUGCGGGAUCUUCGUUGCAGCAUGCAGGGUCUUUAGUUGUGGCAUGUGGGAUCUUUAGUGGUGACGUGUGGGAUCUUUUAGUUGCGGCAUGUGGGAUCUUUAAUUGCGACAUGUGGGAUCUUUAAUUGCGACAUGCAGGAUCUUUUAGUUGCGGCAUGCGGAAUCUUUAGUUGUGGCACACGGGAUCUUUUAAUUGUGGCAUGCAGGAUCUUUAGUUGCGGCAUGUGAACUCUUAGUUGCAGCAUGUGGGAUCUACUUCCCUGACCAGGGAUCAAACCCGGGCCCCCUGCAUUGGUAGCACGGAGUCUUAGCCACUGGACCACCAGGGAAGUCCCUGAAGGAAAUUGACUCUUCAUAUUUUCCGCUUAAGAAGGGCCUCUGCAUUGGACUGUCUAUAGAAAAGACUGCUGACCACAAAUGACACCCAUACCAGGAUGAGAAGAAGUUAACAGUAGUGGUAGGCAGCUGACCCCAAGAUCUGGACCAGGCCUGUAAGAACCAUCCAACUAAUUUAUUUAUUAUUAUUUUUAAAAUAUUUAUUUAUUUAUUUAUUUUUGGCUGCGUUGGGUCUUAGUGUGGCACGUGGGAUCUUUUUGUUGUGGUGUGUGGGCUCUUCGUUGCGGCAUGCGGGCUUCUCUCUGGUUGUGGCAUGCAGGUUUCUCUCUAGUUGUGGUGCGCAGGUUCAGUAGUUGCAGCGCGUUGGCUUAGUUGCCCCACAGCAGGUGGGAUCUUAGUUCCCCAACCAGGGAUCGAACCCUCAUCCCCUGCAUUGGAAGGUGGAUUCUUAACCACUGGACCACCAGGGAAGUCUCCAUCCAACUAAUUUAAUUGAACUGUUUAACAAAUGUUUGUCUUCCUAUCAAAAUGGAAAGUUAUUGUUUUACUUCUAACCAUACUUUUAACUCCAGUGUUUAGGAUGGAAAGAAAAUUCUUUAGUGAAGUUGUCAUCAAGAGUAUAACUAUUCAUGGCAUGUAUCACUGCUUGCUUUGAGUAUACUGCGAAAAGCACAUAUACAAUGUUUGAAUGACAAUCUGGUAUAUCCGAUAAAGUGUAGAGCCUAUAAAAUGUUUCUUCGUUGGCAUACGUCUGAGCUUGUUCACUAUGUUUGAUUAGUUUUCCUCCAAUGUGAAUAACUAGGUGCGCGCACACACACACACACACACAGAGUAGGCCUAGCACUGAGGGGCAUGGUGGACCUAGGGCCGGCAGCAACCACCCUGGCAUCAAGCGACAAAUAUUUUGAUCAUCAGUGCUUUCUAUCGAAAGAUUUGCAAACAAAAAGGGGAAAUUAUAGAAGAAAUUUUCACAUAUUGAGGUAUGGCAAGGUUAUUCUGGCUUUUACAUGAUUUAACUUAGACUAGAACAGCCUGUUUGUGACCUGUCAGAGACAUGCAUUGUACAUCUGCUUUAACCAGUAAGAAAAAGAAUACAUUUGUAAAUCAAAGUAGAGUAACUGGUUCAGGCAUCCAAAAUAGAGCUGGAUGGCCAUUCUGAACGUGGUUUCAGACACAUUUCUGUACUACUGAGAACCUGAUUGCCAACUGCAACCUUAUGGCCUCAAGGUGCUAUUACAAGAAGAGGUGAUGUCAAGCCAGAAAGAAAAAAGAAAAAGCCUCUUUGCAUAUCUUGCAGGAUUCUAGAGCAUCUUUUGGGACAAGAUAAUUCUUUAAAGUGAAAGUCCAGAAGUUUCUCUCCUCUAAUCCUCAAUUUUAACAUUGCCCCUAUUCAGCAGAAGUAGCCAGAAGACUUCGUUGCCCUCACUCCCAUAGAUAUGGAAGGUUAUAACUGACAGGGCCACAAGGCUAAAACUGUUUGAUGCAUGAUUUCUUUUUUUUUUUUAAUUUAUUUUAUUUUUAUUUUAUUUUUGGCUGCGUUGGGUCUUUGUUGCUGCACGUGGGCUUUCUCUAGUUGCGACAAGCGGGGGCUCUAGGCGUGCGGGCUUCAGUAGUUGCGGCUCGCGGGCUCUAGAGCACAGGCUCAGUAGUUGUGGCACAUGGGCCUAGUUGCUCCAUGGCAUGUGGGAUCCACCCGGACCCGGGCUCCAGCCUGUGUCCCCUGCAUUGGCAGGCAAAUUCCCAACCACUGCGCCACCAGGGAAGUCCCUGAUGCAUGAUUUCUAGGUGAAACUGUUUUUCCUGUCUUCUCUCUCCAUUGCUGGGAACUAAAGCUUAGAGUCUUUGUUAUCGUGCAUUCUUUGUUACUGAUUAAUGUGGGCAGGCAUUCUUGCUGUUUUUGUUUGUUCCUCUUAACCCCAGCCCCAAGAUUUUCCUUUAAAUAUGCGUGCUUUCUCCCCAGAAGGCAGGACAGCAGUUUUCAAGAUGUUAGUCUGCUACCCUCCUCAUUUGCUGGUAUAUCAAUAAAUUUCUCUUUUCUUUAUCCUCAAAACCUUGCCCUUGUUAUUUUUAUUCGACAUUGGGGAAAAGGACUGAGUUUUCGAUAACAAAAUCAAUGAUAUAUUAAUUUAUACUGUUCCAGGCAAAGGGGGGAAUGAAAGCAAUAAAGUCCAAAUUUAGUUCAGGAAUACCCUUCUAUGAGUUGGUUCCCAGUAGAUUCAUUCCUUCCAACUAAAAGUCGGGUAUCAGCUGCUGGCUUAGGUCCCAGUACCAGUGUUGGCAAAGGCUGCUCCAGAGGUUAUUACUCCAGGGACCCUCACAUGGCUUGUGCCACUGCCUGUUAGGACUAGUAUUGCCAGGGCAGGAACGGAUAUCUCUUCUCUUCCUGAGACUGCAGCACAGUUUAGCACCACUGCUGACCAAGAGUAGCCUGGCUAGGGUUAGGAGCAUGUGUCUCAAGAGCUUCACAGAACUAUUUGGAUCAGCAAAGAGUAGCCUUGCCCAGAUGGAACACCCUAGACUUGCUGAUCAAACCUCUUGGUUUUUAUCAUUUAAAAGUCCAUCAUGUGAUGGGUACCACUGCCAUUACCUUGGUAUCAAUGAUGUAAUGCUCCUGUCCACUCCAGGUGCAAAAGCUGUGUCAGAAAGUCCUAAUAUCCAACUUCAAAACAAUUUCAUCAAAAAGAAGUUAUUCACAGCAAGUUCAAACCACAACCAACUUGUAUAAAACAAGCUUUCCAAACAUGGAUUUGAAAUCAUAACAAGUUGAUACAUGACACUGGUGCACUCUCAGUGAUAACAUUGAGAGGCAGUGGAUAAAGGUGAGGGCUCUGCAGUCCAUUUCCAGCACUGCAGUCUUGAGUGAUUUACUCAACGAAGGUCUCAGUCUUCUCAUCUAUAAACAUGGAACUAAGGAGAACAUCUGUCUUUGGAGGCAGAUUUAGGUGAAGUUAAUGAAGCUUAAGCUCACCUGCAGGGGCUGCUCAAUUUGUUAUAUUUAUUUUCUUGUUCUGAAUAAGCAUCCAUUUUCGUGUCUAACUUUGUGUUCAUAAUUGUGUUUUUUUCUAAGGAAGCCUUCAAUACUAUAUAAAUUCCAAUCUCCAUAAAACCUGAAUACACUUCU